ACUGAAGGAUUUUUCACCUCUGCAGGUAGUGAAAAUGGGGGUGAAGAUGCAGUAGUUGGGAAUGUGAGUAAAUUUCUCGUCAUUCCUACUGGCUAUUGUGGGGUCCCUAAGAAGGGUCACCUAAUAUUUGAUGCAUGUUUUGAAAGUGGAAACCUAGGUCGUGUAGACUACAUCUCAGAAUUUGAAUAUGAUCUGUUUAUCAGACCAGAUACUUGCAAUCCUCGAUUCCGAGUUUGGUUUGACUUUACUGUAGAAAAUAUGAAGGAAUAUCAGAGGGUAAUUUUCAACAUUGUCAACUUCAGCAAAACCAAGAGUCUCUACAGAGAUGGAAUGACUCCAGUUGUCAAAUCCACCAACAGAACAAAAUGGCAAAGACUUCCUUCAAAAAAUGUCUAUUACUACCGCUGUCCAGCUCAUCGGAAAAACUACGUUAUGUCAUUUGCCUUUUGCUUUGAUCGGGAUAAUGAGGUGUACCAAUUUGCUUACUGCUACCCUUAUACCUACACUCACCUGCAACAUUACCUAGAUAUCCUGGAAAGGAGGAAUAUGGAUUACUUCAAAAGGGAUUUGCUUGGUCUAAGUGUGCAACAACGUCGCCUUGACCUUCUGACCAUAACAAACCCUGUGAAUCUCAGUCCAGGAGCAGAGCAAAAGGUCAUUUUCAUCACAGCCCGUGUUCACCCUGGGGAAACACCUGCAUCAUUUGUGUGUCAGGGUUUUAUUGAUUUUCUUGUCAGUCAGCACUCAGUGGCCAAGAUUUUACGUGAUGUUCUAGUCUUUAAAAUUGUGCCUAUGCUAAAUCCUGAUGGAGUUUUCUUAGGUAAUUACAGGUGCUCUUUAAUGGGGUUUGAUCUAAAUCGACACUGGCAGGAUCCCUCCGCUUGGGCUCACCCUACACUUUAUGGAGUUAAGCAGCUGAUUGUGCAAAUGUAUGAUAACCCGAAAGCAAGCAUGGAAUUCUACAUUGAUAUCCAUGCUCAUUCAACUAUGAUGAAUGGAUUUAUGUAUGGAAACAUCUUUGAGGAUGAAGAGAGAUUCCAGAGGCAAGCCAUCUUUCCCAAGCUUCUUUGUCAAAAUGCAGAGGACUUUUCUUUCUCUAGUACUUGCUUUAAUCGAGAUGCUCUGAAGGCAGGCACAGGACGCCGUUUCCUUGGUGGUCUUCUGGAUGAUACCUCCUAUUGCUACACACUGGAAGUUUCCUUUUAUAGUUAUGUUGUAGGAGGAACUACCAGCACAGUUCCUUACACUGAAGAAGCCUGUAUCCUUUUAAAUUUA